AUGAUCAUGGAGAGGCCGAGCACAUAUCCAAGCUCGUUCCAGCCGCAGCAAUCGGGUCUGCAGGGGCGCACGAGCGCGGUGCGGCGGUGUUGGCCAUGGAGAGGGAGCGCGAGUCGAGGCGCAUCAUCCCGCCGGCGACUCGGCGCCGACCCCAAGUGGAGCUUGGACGCCAUGUGCAUGUGGACGGGGACGUGGACGUGGACGUGGACGCGGACCGGGACCCGGACCUGGACCUGGACCUGGACGCGGGCCGCUGGACCUCCGCAUGCACGACGAGAGCAGGCAGCCGACUGUCGGUCCACAGUGCACACACGCCCUCCCCCUCGCCAGAACGCCCACAAUGGCGACCGCCAACCUGCUCACCCCGCCCACCCGCAUCCCCCGCCGACCGCCCUCGCGCUCUCGCAGAAGGCGCCGCUCAUCCUCUCCAACCCGCCCACCUCGUCCCUGCCGUGGCCGCUGUCGCUCCUCUUCUCGCGCGAAACGCCCGAGUCGUGGGCGAUCCACGAGAACCUCCUUCUCUCCGCGCUGCGCACCGGCGACGAGUCGUCGGCCGCCCAGAUUCUGUCGCGGCUGGAGUCGCGCUUCGGCGAGCGCAACGAGCGCAUCAUCACGCUCCGGGGCAUCUACAACGAGGCAACCGCCCAGACGCCCGCCGACCUGGAGCGGGUGUUUGAAGGCUACGAGAAGAUCCUGCGCGAAGACCCAACCAACGCCAGCAUCCGCAAGCGCCGCGUCGCCGUGCUGAAGAGCCUGGGCCGCACCAGCGACGCCAUCACCGCCGUGACGGUGCUGCUGCAGAACUCGCCCACGGACGUUGAGGCCUGGGCCGAGGCGUCGGAGCUGUACGCGAGCCAGGCCGCGUGGGGGCAGGCCAUCUACUGCGCCGAGGAGGUGCUGUUGAUCGCGCCUCUGAGCUGGAGUGCACACGCGCACGUCGCCACGCUGCACUACCUGUCCAGCACAAGCAGCAGCCCCGCGAGCACGAGCGAGCUCGCCCUGGCGCUGAAGCACUUCUGCCGCGCCGUCGAGCUGAACCAAGGCUACCUCCGCGCCUUCUACGGACUGAAGCUAGUCGCUCCGAAACUCAUCCCCUUGCUCCCCGACGCAUCUGCCUCGUCGAAAAAGAAGAGCGACCAGGACGACGACGACGUGCCUCUCCCCUCGCUGACGAGCGUGCAGAAGCUGGACGAGAUGGCAACCAAGAAGCUAGGCGACUUUAUCCGAGACUUUGCGAGCGCGAAAGAGGGUCAGUCCGGCUACGACGAGGCCGAGAUCAUCGCAGCGAAGGAGCUGUUGAACCGGUAG